AUGGCCCCAAGCGUCAUCAACAUAUUCCACCGGGGGAGCACCAGCAACCCGCGAAACUCUGGCGGCGACCGUGUAGCAUCCACCCCGAGCACCAACAACAACACGGACAAUUCCUGGAGCAGCAGACAUCAAGCCGUCCGCAUCCAGGCUCUUGAGGCCCGCAUCGAAGAGCUGUGCGACUUGUGCGAGGCCCAAAACCAAGAGAAUGCAAGGCUUUCCCUCAUAAUCAGCGGCAUGGAGAUGGCAAAGACCAAGCAGCGGGCCCAACAUACCAUGCGCGAGGCCGAUCUCAUGCACCGGCUGAAUGUCAAGGAGCAGCAGCUACGGCUGGCCCAAAACGGGGGCGGGAAUCCCGAUGACGCCGAAACAGAGCGCGGGUCGACUGUCGUGACGGCGCCCUCCACCAUCUUGUCCGACAAACCGUCCGCCGCUACCAGUUCUAUCCUCCCCGACGAGCCGACGAACCCGUCCGCCGUAUUCGCCUCCCUCAAUGCCGAACGCACCCGUCGCGUCGAGCUCGAGGGCCAGGUCGCCCGCCUGCGCGUCCAGCUCAACGACGAGCGCCGCUGCGCAUCCACGCGCAACAAGGAGCACGCCACCCAGCAGGAGCAGUUCACGGAGCAGCUGGCUGCCAAAGACGUCGUCGUCGCCGCUCACGAUGCCGAGAUGCACCGCGUCACGGCUCUGCUGACCGACAGAAACAAUGCGUCGUUGCAACGGGUCGCCGACUUGGAACGCCAAAUCGCCGAAGCAGCUGCGCGCCACCAGACGGAGACGGAGGCCCAGGCGAGCCGGCUGGCUGCGCAGGUCCGCGCCGUCGAGGACCUGCGCCUCCAAAAGAACAUCCAGAGCACAGCAUGUGCGACCGCCGAGCGCAAAUUGCAGCGUCUGCAGGACGAAGUAGCGCGGCGCGGCGCGCAGCUUGAGUACUACCAGCAGCGCUUGUUGCGGACCGCCGAGUUCCGCCUGGUCAAGACGCCAUUCGAGGCAGAGGAGGCCAUCCCAACGGCCCCGCGAGGACAGGAUCCGCCAAGGGCUACAGCUGCCCCAGAAGAAGUUUCUGCAAACCCUUCCACGAUGGGGCCGGAAUCAUCCCCAUCAUCGCCUUCAAUGCCAUCAACGCCAUCAACGCCAAAAUCGAUCCUCCCGCUCGAGACUUUAGCUUGA